UAAGCUGCCGAGCCUCUGCCUCAUUCCAUCUUCAGCCAUUAUAACCAUGUUGGGGGCUGUGGGACGCUGCUGCACCGGGGCUUUGCAAGCUCUCAAGCCCGGGGUGACCUCCCUGAAGGCUCUCAACGGAGCUCCAGCGGCACUGGUUUCUCGCAGGGAUUAUGCCGCUCCUGCCGCAGCUGCUGCCGUCGCCAGCGGGCGAAUCGUCGCGGUCAUCGGCGCCGUUGUGGACGUCCAGUUCGACGAGGAUCUGCCCCCUAUUCUCAAUGCCCUGGAAGUGGCCGGCCGUGACACUAGGCUAGUCCUCGAGGUGGCUCAGCAUCUGGGUGAGAACACUGUCCGCACCAUCGCUAUGGACGGUACUGAGGGACUGGUGCGCGGUCAGAAGGUUCUUGACACCGGUGCCCCCAUCAGAAUCCCUGUGGGACCUGAGACGCUUGGCAGGAUCAUGAAUGUCAUCGGUGAGCCCAUUGACGAGAGAGGACUAAUUACCACAAAACAGACUGCCCCCAUCCAUGCGGAGGCCCCAGAAUUCACAGACAUGAGUGUCGAGCAGGAGAUUCUGGUCACUGGAAUCAAGGUCGUAGACCUGCUGGCACCUUAUGCCAAGGGUGGCAAGAUCGAAUUCUGA